CGCGUGCUUUCUCAGCAUGGUGACCUCCUCCUGGUAAACACAGCCGGGCACGGAAGGAGAGGUGCAGUGUUUAUUUGCUUCGAGGGCAGUUCAUUAAUAGGGAGACACUGCCACAUGUUUUAUAUGUACACAUUGUUAUUGUCUAUAAUCUGUGAUAAUGGCUGCACACAGGACAUUUGGAGGUCUUCUGCUUAUGCACAGACUUACGCAGGUUUGCACAUCUAACUCAGGACAUCAUAGAUGCAUGAACUUGCUUAGAGAAGUCAUUGACAGGAAGAGCAAGUUAAGAUUUUUCUCCACUGGCUCUGUGAAUUGUAAUGAUGAUGAUGGAAACAAGUCAGACCCUUCACCUGUAGACACCAGGAUGACCCCCAGUCCCAGACAUGCACUGCUGUCCAGGAGGAGGAGACCAUUGUCCCCUCUAGAGCGGAUCAGCAGCCUCCUGCCCCAGGAGGCUCUGAGCCCAGAGGUGGAGCAACUGAGAGAACCUGAAGAAAAUAUGGCGGACCAAAAGGAGCUGGGACCACCUGAAUUUACAGUCACACAAUCCACUAAAGAGGAGAGUGGGUGUCCAGAGAGCCACACAGCAGAGGAGGCAAAGUCUAAAGAGGAGGAUUCAGUGACACAUCAUACAUCAGAUGCAGCAGCGGAGGGGUCCAUGUCAGGCACUGAGUUCAGACAUGAGCAGAGGAUGCCCACUCUUCCUGGGGAGACCUUGCUAGUCUUUGGGGAGGUGCUUGUCGCUGAAUAUCAUAAAAAAGGGAAGGCAGAAUUCACAAAGAUGUUUCAGCUUCAGACCAGGACACGUCUUGAUAGCAGCUGGGGCAUUAUCCUGCAUGACGACAUCGCUGGGCAACCUGCAGGAUGCUUCAUGAAGACUAGCAGGGGCGUUCCCAUCCUUAUACGGCGUGCCAGUCUGGAGGAUUAUGUGCUAUUUAUGAAAAGGGGUCCCGCCAUCGCUUACCCCAAGGAUGCAGGGAUUAUGCUGAUGAUGAUGGACGUCACACAGGGAGACUGUGUGCUGGAGUCAGGCUCAGGGUCAGGGGCCAUGUCCCUGUUUCUGUCCAGAGCAGUUGGCUCCAGUGGUCGUGUGCUGAGUGUGGAGGUCAGGGAGGACCACCACAGGAGAGCCCUGAAGAACUACCAGCGCUGGAGGACGUCAUGGGCACUGCGACGGGGGCAGGAGUGGCCCGACAACGUUGAGUUUGUCCGCGCUGACCUCUGCACGGCCUCCUCUCUGCUCGCUGGUCGGGGAUUCAAUGCAGUUGCCCUUGACCUGAUCCACCCCCACCUUGUUUUACCCACUGUGAUUCCCCAUCUGCACCCUGGAGGUGUGUGUGUCGCCUACCUCGCCAAUGUAACACAGGUCAUUGACUUGCUGGAAGGGCUUCGGUGUCUACCCCUCCCACUGCUGUGUGAACGCAUCAUCGAGGUUCCACUCCGUAAGUGGUUAGUGGGCCCCGCCAUCCAAAAAGAUGGACAGUACUGUGUCAGGAAAGCUCCAGGCAUGGAUGACAACCAGCAGGAGAAUGAUGCUUCAAAUCAAGACGUUAAAGAGGAACACCCUGCUUUUGGACAUGUUCCCUACAUAGCCAGACCUCACCCUGAACAACUGAGCCACACAGCUUUCUUGGUAAAACUGAGGAAGUGUGUGGAGUAGCUGCUCUGCCUGAGGAACUGAGACAUGGUUUUCUUGUGCUCAACGUGGGAAGAAUUUAAUAAAAUAUCUCACUUCUGUACUUUGAA